GCAGUAGCCAAGUACUCCCACUCCUCCUCGCUACAACGCUCAGAAACAUCGCCAGCACCGCCCAUAAGCAAGCUUAUACAUGUCGUCGUCGAAGGUCACGCUAGACAAGAAGCUCAAGAGCGAGCUUGACACGUUCCGGGAGAAAGUUCAUGUCGAGGGCGAGAAGGUGGUCUUUGAGAACUUCCCUCAGAAGAUCUUGGACUUGCAGAAGCUCAUAGAGUCAACCCGCGAACCGACCUCGCCAUUCCAUCUCUCCAACGCGUCGCACCUCACGGACACUGCUAUAUACGUCCAGCCGUCCGCGCCCGCGCAGCCCGAAGCAAAGAAGCGUAAGCUUGGCUCUGGAGAGGCUGCUAACGGUGCCUCGAGCUUGGAUGAUGCUAGCCAUGCCAAGCACCCAGGCAAGAUGGUAGGGAACAAGCACACUGCAGCGCUGCACGAGCAGCUCAAACGGGAAUGCGAAACCCUGGCUGAGUACUGCGACAAAGUCAAGUUGUGGAUCAACCUUUCGAUGCCGAGAAUUGAAGACGGAGACAACUUUGGUGUCCAGAUCCAGGAAGAUGUCUUGUCCGAGAUACAUCGCUCGCAGGAGAGCGCAUACAACCUCCGCGAUGCCGCGCGUCAAGACUACCUCACUCGUGCUAAGAUCUGCUCGAAGAUUUUGAAGUACCCGCACCUCGAGGAUUACGCACACGCAUUGAAAGAGCAUGACGAGAAGCAAUUGUACAUCGCGCGCCAGAACCUGUAUGACUUGCGCAGCAUAUACGCGAUACUGACCGACAUGUUGCACAAGAACAUCGAGAAGAUCCGCACCCCGAAGGGCAACAACUCCAGUGGGAUGUACUGAUUGAUAUGCACUCAACCCAUGGAUAUUCCGGUCGUACCGAACCCAUGGACAGUCACAUGAUCCAGGAUUUCUCGCCCCGUAUCGUUACACACGUUGUAGAUUUGACUUAUGCAUUACCAUCGGACUCCAGCAUGUGUAUGACUAUAGCCCUUACUCUAUAUCCAA